AUGGCAGACCCAGGACUCCACCCAGAGACUCCCAUUCACCACAAAACCCAACCCCUCAAGCAAAUCGCCAUAGACUACACCCCAGACGCCUGCACACACUGUGCCGACUCCAACACCAUCACUGUCACCUUCGACCACCGCGGCGGCGCAAGGUGGCGCACCCCCACCCGGUUCCUCUACGGCACCUUCAGCUCCCUCAUCCAGUGCGCACGUGGCAACACCAGCGGCCUCAACUUCAACCUCUACCUCUCCUCCCUAGAAGGCGACAAGUCCCAGGACGAGAUCGACUUCGAGUUUCUUGGUAAGGACAUGACCAUUGUCCAGACCAACUACUACACUGAAGGCACUGGAAACAAAGAAGAGAUCCAUGACCUAGGUUUCAACUGUUCCGAAGGGUUUCAUGAGUAUGUGAUCAAGUGGAGUAAGGAUCUGAUCGAGUGGUUCAUAGAUGGGAAAAUGGUGAGGAGGGUUGAGAGAAAAGAGGGUGAGGGUUUUCCGAAUAAGCCUAUGUAUUUGUAUUCUUCAGUGUGGGAUGCUAGCUAUAUUGACGAGGGGAGGUGGACUGGGAAGUACGUUGGGUGCGAUGUGCCUUAUGUUUGUGUGUAUAAGGAUAUUCAUGUCCCUGCUGAGAGUGCUGUGGAGGGUUAA